CAGAGGCCACAGUAAGCGACGUUUCUGACCAUGAAUAUGUUAUCACUUUCAGUUUUUGCUCUUUUGAUAAUCUGUUGUUUGCCUCUAAUGUCAGCAACGGUUGUUCAAGAUUUUAAUCACGUGGAGAGAUGCAAGGACUCCCUGUAUAUGGGGACACCACCGCGGGGGCUCACCGGCACCAAACUGAAGAAGAUCUGCCAACGUUAUGCAGACAAACCUCGCUAUGUGACCCUGUACGACUCCCAAAAGAGGAUUCCAGUUUACUCGGCUUAUACCUUCAAGAAGACAGAGGGAGACAGACGUGUGGACUACCCAUGGAUGUAUGAGCCACAGCUGGCUGAAGUCGAUGGAAAUGGAAACAUGCUGCCCUUCCCUACUGGUUACCUGCACAUGAAGUUUGAGGACAGCCAGGCAGUCCUGGAUGACUACUCUGAUGUGGUCCUGUAUGAGAGAGGUCACCUGAACCCGGACCAGCACCAGUCCACCCCACACGACCGGGCUGCCACAUACACUCUCACUAACGUGGUCCCAGAGAUACGGGAGUUCAAUAUCGGGCCUUGGCGUGAGUAUGAGGAGCGGAUCCGGGUCCGCCUCAACAACUUCUGCCGCGGCACGGCAUACAUCGUCACCGGAGUGACCACCAGAGGCAACAUGAUCCGUCGAAACAACCAGGACCGCGUGGCCAUCCCCGAAGAUGUGUGGUCCGCAUACUGCUGCACCGAAUACGACCGCAACGCCCCCCACGAUGUUCGCAUCCGCUUCCCGUCCCACGCAGCCUUCGCCAAAAACGCCAAAGAGGGCAACAGCGUUCAUGAGCUGACGGUCCAGGAACUUGAGAACUUUCUGAAAAAUCAUAUGGAUGUUGACCAGAACCUUCAGAUCUUUUAUGACAACUGCAUCUCUCCCUCACCCCUUCCUCUUUACCUCCAACAUACUAUCUGAAAGCUCUCUGAGUUUAGCCCUUCUGUGUGCACUUGGAUUUCUUUAAAGUUAAGAUGCAUAAUGGUAGACAAUUGUGCCUUUUUGUGCUCAAGAGUAAUGAAAAAAAUCUUAUAAUGUGAGAAUACCCUUUAACUUUAAAGUAAAAAUUUCCCUUGCAGCUCAGUUAUUGUUGUACCCUUGAAAAGUUAUAAAAAGAAACUAAAUUGCUCUUUCUUCAGUUGAAAAAUGAGUGUGUUCUUUCAUUGAGUCUGUUCUUAAAAUAUAUAAUAACAAAUACCAUGAUUAUUGUAUCGGAAAGCAACCUUGUUGUGAGAGUGAGUAUAAUAGGCCUACAGAUGUAUGGUGUGUUAUGUAAAUUGGCUCAUCUAAUAAAAUAUCUUAAUUUACCUGUC